AUGGCUUUAGGGGAGCUGCUGGAAAGACUCAAGACUGUUAUCAAAACCAUAGAUGAAAUCAUGCAACUGGACAACAGUCCACUCCAGGCCGCUCACAUCACCCCUGACCUCAGGAGGAGAUUUGCCUUCCUCUCAGGUGGCAGAGGUGACAAUGGCAGCCCCAUCAUUGUGUUUCCAGAGUUUCCCUCGUUUGGAGAAAUAACAGACAGAGAGUUCCACAAUGUGCUCAGUUACCUGACCAGCGUUCCCAGCUUGUCGCCAACAGAAGUGGGGUUCAUUCUUGUCAUUGAUCGGAGACAAGACCGAUGGGCAGCUGUCAAGGGGACGCUGCUCCGGAUAGCUGGCGCCUUCCCGGGGAACCUGCAGCUCGUCCUGGUUCUGAGGCCCACCACGCUGCUGCAGCGCACUCUGUCAGACAUCCUCUUCAAGAUGAACAAAGAUGAGUUCAAAAUGAAAGUGCCGGUGAUCAUGCUGAGCUCUCUGACCGAGCUUCACUCCUACAUCGACCGCUCUCAGCUCACCCUGGAGCUCGGGGGGACACAGGCCUACUGCCAUGAGAAGUGGAUCUCCCAUCGCACCGCGAUCGAGGGCUUUGCUUUGAUGGUGAAGAAGAUGGCACAGGCGCUUCAGUCCUUUGGAAUGGAACUGGCCGAAACCGUGCUCCCCAACGAAAUCCAGGCCACGACCGCUCUACUCAACACACACACCAGCAAGAAAAGCAAAAUGGAGGAGGAUCUGUCUGUGACUUUAGGACAAGGCAGCCAACUUCUAGAGAGCAUCAAUGAGCCGGUGGUGCGGGACCCAGACCACAACAUGAACCAGGACGAGCUGGAAAACCUGGCCACCGUGCAAAGGCUGCUCUCCCAGCUGGAUGAGACAGAGAGGGCAUUCGAUGAGUUCUGGCUGAGGCACCAAACCAAACUGGACCAGUGUCUGCAGCUUUGCCACUUUGAGCACAACUACCAGGAGGUGAGCUCUCUGCUGGAACAGGUGGUGGAAAAGCUGGCGUCCUUCUCGGAGGUGGGGAUCAGCCCUGCGCACGCCGACCACAUCAACAGCGAACUCAGCGCCUACGAAAAGAGAGUCUGUGAGGUGCUGGACAGGGCUUCCUCUUUGGCCUGUGAGGGAGAGGAGCUGGUGAAACAAUCCCACUAUGCAGAGCAGUCGAUACAACCUAAAUGCACCACGCUCCGGUCAGCCGGCGACGAUGUGUCCAGCAACUUAAAGGCCAAGAAAGACCAUCUUCUAAAAGCUCUGGAGCUGCACCGCCACCUGGAGAGGGCCUCCAAAUGGUGCGACGAGGGCAUCUUCCUGCUGGCGUCUCAGCCUGUGGACAAGUGUCAGUCCCAGGAGGGCGCAGAGCUGGCCCUGAAGGAGCUGGAGGGGCAUCUGGACAGUUCAGAGGACAAUCGUCUGUCAGAGCUCAGCGACAUCUGGAGCCAGUAUGAAGCUGUCCUCAACACGCAGCUCAGGGAUCAAGUGGAGAAGAUCUUCCAGAAGCAGACGUCCAUGUUGGAGAUGUUUGACAAGAGGAGGAUCAGUUUGAAGAAGCUGGCCACCAAACAGACCAGACCGGUUCAGCCUGUCGCCCCCAGACCAGAGGCUUUCAUCAAGUCCCCUGUCCCCUCUCCUGCUCACAAAGCUCAGCAGGAGAAGAUCUCAGAGCCGGACUCCUGCUCGACAAUCCUCUAUGAGACGGAAAAUGGGCAGUCGCUAAAUGAAGAAAGUAAGAGCCGACAUUCGUCUGUGUCGGAGGAGGAGGAAAACCUGGCUGUGCUCCGCAGACAUGUGAUGAACGAGCUGCUUGAAACGGAGAGAGCCUAUGUGGAAGAGCUGCUGUGUGUUCUCCAGGGCUAUGCUUCAGAGAUGGAUAACCCAGCAAUGGCCCCCCUCAUCCCUGCUCCUCUGCAGAAUAAAAAGGAGAUUUUGUUCGGCAACAUGCCAGAAAUCUACCACUUCCAUAAGAGAACUUUCCUCAGAGAGUUGGAGCUGUACACUGACUGUCCAGAGUUGGUGGGAAGAUGUUUUCUUCAGCGUAUGACUGACCUGCAGAUCUAUGAGAAGUACUGCCACAACAAGCCUCGCUCUGAAAGUCUGUGGCGGCAGUGCUCCGACUGUGCCUUUUUCCAGGAGUGUCAGAGGAAGUUGGAACAUAAACUGGGUUUGGAUUCUUAUCUGCUCAAACCUGUUCAAAGAAUUACCAAAUAUCAGCUUCUGUUGAAGGAAAUGCUGAAGUACAGUAAGGGACGUGAGGGAACGGAGGACCUGCAGGACGCUCUCACCUCCAUCUUGGGAAUCCUCAAGGCUGUAAACGACUCCAUGCACCUUAUCGCUAUUACGGGAUACGAGGGAAAUCUGACUGAGCUGGGGAAACUCCUGAUGCAAGGUUCCUUCAGCGUGUGGACAGAGCAUAAGAAAGGCCACGCCAAAGUGAAAGACCUGGCGCGGUUCAAACCCAUGCAGAGACACCUGUUCCUCCACGAGAAAGCCCUGCUGUUCUGCAAACGGAGAGAGGAGAACGGCGAGGGCUACGAGAAAGCCCCGUCCUACAGCUUCAAACAGUCACUCAGCAUGAGCGCAAUUGGCUUCACUGAAAAUGCCAAAGGGGACAACAAAAAGUUUGAAAUCUGGUCCAACUUUAGAGAAGAGGUCUAUAUUGUGCAGGCUCCCAGCGCUGAAGUGAAGACUGUUUGGGUGAACGAGAUCAGAAAGGUUUUGACGACGCAGCUUGAGGCGUGCAGAGAAGCCAGCCAGCAGAGGGCGCCAGAGAACAUUUUCCAGUUUCCUCCAGUAACAGGAGGAGUUGUGAGCCUGAGCCCUUUUAGGACGGCACAGAGGUCUAUGAAGAAGGGAGAGGAGAGGAGAGCAGAACCAGGCAGCCCCGACAUAAACUCUUCACCAAAACCAGGCAGAAAAGAAGACUCUCUCAUAUGCCCAAUCUCAGACAGAGCGGCUGUUGCUAAAAAACGCUUUACAUUACAGGGCUUUAGUAACCUCAAAGCCCCGAAAGACUUCUCAGCUACAGAUGAUAAAAGUUUUACAUUACCAUUGAUGAUCCUACCACCUCCAGACUCUCCAUCGAGCCCUGACCACAAGUCGAAACGGCAGAGUGAUCCCACACCGUUUGGUUUCAAAGAUGCUGGUCCCCCAAACCCUCACCUGAGCAGAAUUAGGUGGUUCAGCACCACUAGUGUCCUUCACACUAAGUGGAGAGGAUGGAGCAAGGCCUCUAUGUCCCUGAGCGCCUCCGAGGAACACGACGGCUACUCGAGCGCUGAGGAUCCACUGAACUCAGACAAUGAGGAGGACGCAGACAAGAAACUGUGUGUUGGAAAAUACAUGGUGAAUAUUGACAUCGAAGGGGAAGGCUCUGAAGACGUGUCUGUGAAGAGUGGAGACAUGGUCCAGUUAGUCCGAGAGGGCGAAAACAAUCAGUGGUUUGUCCGCAACCUUAGCACGUCAAAAGAGGGUUGGAUCGCUGCUUCCAAUCUUAUUUCACUGGUGAAAAAGUCCAAGUCGUGUCAGUCCCUCAACAGCUCAGAAGGCAGUGGCUCCGGAAACCUGAGCUCGUCGUCCAGCUGCAGCGAGACCUACGCCGGCUUUGCGGACAUCAAACCGUGA